AUGCCCUUGUCAGUGGGUGUGCGCAUGUCUGACAGAUGCGUGGAGCCGGGAGGUGUUUCACAAUGUAUCCAUAUGUCACUCGGGAGUUUAACCGAUUUACUAUUGGGCAAACGAAGUGUCAACUUAGCGUUUAUACUGUAUUGUCUUUUAUCACAAAUCUCAAUCAACGACAAUCGUGACGUCACACGCAUGCUCGGGUCAGAUCGGGUGCGUCGCACGCGCACGCAUACUGCGCUUUUGUCGUGGCCCUCGUUCCAACUGUUGCGGGAUGAGUUAUCGACGACUAGUCGUACAAGUGAUAUGUGGAACAAUAGUGCUCAAGUUAAUAGUCAAAAUGUAAAACAACCACAUUAUGGAUAUCAAUACCCAGUGACUCCUAAUGCCUAUAAUUUUCACAACAACUUCUCCUCUCAAAGUAGUGACUAUUCUAAUCACCAUUAUAACAGAUUACAAGGACUUAAUAACUCGUGCAACAAAAUUGUGAAAAUCGAACCAAAUUGGCAAAAUUAUCCAAUGAAUAACAUGAACAAUGGAGAUCAAACUAAUGCCGAGAUGAUUAAUAGGUGGAGAGAAAUGAAUAUGUAUUCUCAUCAACAAUAUGGACAUUUCGGAUAUGAACAAGGCUUGCAUUCAAUAGUAAAUAACCACGGUUUAGAUAUCAAAGGCGAAGACGCUCGGUCUAUUAAUUCUCCAAGUCAAUGUAGUUUACCUGAUACCAGCUAUGGAUCCCCACAGAGUUGCUCUAGUGCUGUUAAGUCUACAUCUCAAGAAGAAGAGGACUUGCCCCAUUUAACAGCAAUUUUAAGCAAUCUUAGUGUUCAGAGACCAUCACAUUAUAAUAAACCAUUUAUUCACGAAAUGAUGCAAUGCAUGUCGUAUAACGCAUCUGAUUGCGAUGAGAAUAGCAGAAAGUAUACUGAAGCCAUGGAAGUGAGUGAAACAGAUUUGCCACAAUUUCAUGGUGAAUAUAAGAAUAAUAUUGUUGGACAUGCGAAAAUUACUAUGGGCGGAGCGCCGGUUGCAAUCAAAGACGCUAAGUCAUCUGAGGAUAAAUCUGAAAACUGUCACGAUAUGACGAGGGUUGAAGCAGGCGGGGACAAUAAAGAUUACGCUGAGAACAACAUGGCCGCUAUACCAGAAGUCCAAGGAUUUUACCCAUGGAUGAAAAGUAUUGGUGGUGAGGAAAAGAAAGAGGGGUCUAAAAGGACAAGGCAAACUUACACAAGAUUUCAAACGUUGGAAUUAGAAAAAGAGUUUCACUUCAAUAAAUAUUUAACGAAAAGACGUAGAAUUGAAGUUUCUCGUGCGUUAGCGCUAACUGAGAGACAAAUUAAGAUUUGGUUUCAGAAUAGAAGAAUGAAAGCAAAGAAAGAUGCAAAACUUUCUACGUCUCCUGAUCCAUAUGGAGUAGAAGAUUUAAACGCGACGAACAUACCAACUGCAACUGAAUAUAUUGACUCAAGACAGCAGUUAAGCGGCUUAACAGAGUAUCCCAAUGCAAAUUAUGGUCAUCCAAGUUAUGAAGGAGCAAUUGCCAAUAUUACUAAUUUAUCAGGAAAUAUGAACCCUAAUUAUGUAAUGCCACCGUAUGGAGGCCUGAUUCCCAAAAUGUCACUGUGA